CUUUUCAGACGAGCUAAGGACUAGUUGAGGUUGAUUUUGAAGAUUCAGUUCGAGUUCGACUUUCCUUGCGUUAAGACUUGUUUUUCGGAAGACCAAAUACGUCCAUUGGAAACCGUGUCAAACCUUGAAUAAAUACAAAAAAAUAUAAUUCCCUUAGAGAAAAUAAAUAAAUUGCCGGCUCGGUAAAAAUUAAAUAAAAACUUACAUCAAGUGAUUUGUGUGAAAAAAACCUAGUGAUUACCUACACUGAGAGAAAUAAAUAAUAAUCUGAGAAAAAUUAACUUUGUGAUUUGUGGAAAAAAAGGAUAACCCAUCUUAGUACCCAAAUUCCCUGUGGAUUAUUUUUAUUCAACACACCUUAAUCAAACCCAAAGGAUUACUAUUUAAAAAAAAAAUCUUCAUCUUUUUAAAUAACUUUCUAAACUACAAACCUAAAAAAUGGUUGUAUUAGAAGGUGGCGGUGGUGUUGUUACCAUCGGCAACAAUCAAUAUCUUCAACCGGAUUACCUAUCGCCAUUACCAAAUACGAUGGAUUCAAAAAAAUCCCCCCUUGCUUUAUUGGCUCAGACAUGUAGUCAAAUUGGUGCCGAUUCAAAUGCUGUCAAACCAAUUUUGGGAAUGGAUAAGAAAAAGAACGCUGGCGGAGGUGGCCAUAAUGAUUCAUCAUCCUCAUCAUCGUCUUCAUCUUCAUCGUCUUCAACAACAUCCAAAUCACCAUCACAAGUGAAAACUCCUAAAUCAAGUACACCACAUCAAACAGCUCCAAAUGAGAUAAAAUUGGCUUUUAAGCCAUAUGAAGCAAAUGUUUUGAAUCAUCAACAUAUGACAAUAAAAUCUGAGGACCAUUCACAACAACAGCAGCAGCAACAGCAACAACAACAACAGCAUCAACAACAAAUGCAACAUCAACAGCAGCAACAGCAACAUCAACAACAACAACGUCCAAGUUCAAAGAGCUCAAGUUCAAGUGAUUGCGGUAAUGGAGCUGGUGGUGGUCGCGUUCCAUCUCGCAACAAGUCCAAUUGCAGUCCUGAAAUCAGUGUCACUAGAACCUCGGAUGAACACCACAUGAAUGGCAAAUCAACUCCAAAUGGUGAUAAUCGCAAGACUGUGUCUCCUUCGGGCUCAUCACAGCGUGGAGCAAGUCCCAUUGUCCGGUCCGGAAUGGAAGUACUUCAUGGACACCCAUCGGCUUAUAAGAACAGUGCUGGGCCUUAUGGCCCAUUGAAUCCCCUGUCGGCGCUUUGCUGUCCUCCAGGCAUGGAACAGCAUGCGAAUCCAGCUUUCCGUCCCCCAUUCGGUGGUGGAUACGCUGCUCACCACCAUGCAGCUAUGUUGGCUGCAGCGGCUGCAAAUGGUUACCCAGGUAGUCAAGGCAAUCCAAACCCAUACAUCAGUUAUCAGAGGAUAAAGACUCCUUCAGGUGGUGAAGCUAUUGUCCCAGUUUGCAAAGAUCCCUAUUGCCCGGGAUGUCCCUACUCUCAACACACUCAACAGAUGCUGAUGGGUGCCCCCUGCCCAAGUGGCUGCACACAGUGUGAACACCAAAAGUACGGUCUAGCGAUGGCAGCCUCAAUGGCUGGAUCUCUACCACCUGGCCAUCCGUACUCAGCCGCCGCUGCUGCAGCAGCUGCUUCUGCCUCCCAAAUGCGUCCAUCGCCAUACGCCUGCAGCUGGAUCACUGGUGAUUCGUAUUGUGGAAAGCGUUUCAACACAUCCGACGAAUUAUUUUCUCACUUACGCACCCACACUGGCAACCUGUCCGAUCCUGCUGCCGCAGCCGCAGCUUUGGCACAAUCACAGACCCAGUCACUGCUCAGUUCCCUGUUUCCUCCGUCGGCAUUGCAACGCGGUUACCCUAAUGCCCCGUUGAGCCCCAUGUCCGCUGCUGCAGCAGCUGCCGCCGCAGCUCGCUACCAUCCAUAUGCGAAGCCAGGUUCCCUACCAUCACCUUUUGGAGGCGGUGGCGGCUUCAACCCUGCAGCAGCUGCAGCUGCUCUCGGCCCUUACUACUCACCAUACGCCAUGUACGGCCAGCGAAUUGGAUCAGCCACGGUGCACCAAUAAGUGUAAGGCAAUGCCCCAACAAUAAGCCCAUCACCUCUAAAAUGGAUACCAAAAACAAGAGAUGAACCGGAAACUUAGAGCAUCUUGCUUCCGACUUUCCAGUUGGAAGUUUCACCUGUGAUAACAAAAAAAGGAAAAGAACAGAAUGUUUUUUCGCUUUUUUGAAAAAUUGUUUUAAAAAGAUUCGCAGACAAAGGCGAUUUUAAUUAAUCAACAAUCGUUCAUUUGAUUUCGAUUUUUGAUAAUGUUAUUUUUUUAUUAAGUAAUUUUAACUCCGCCAAAGGAUAUAAAACAAAAAAGCAGAAAUUAAAAAAGAAAGAUAAACAUAAAUUAAAAAUGAAUUAAAAUAGUUUUUGUUUGUUUUUUUCUUUUUUUUUAAGUUUACGUUUCUUAAUAUAAAAAGAAUUUAUGUAAAUAGAAAAAGACUUGAUAAAGUGUAAACAGAUAUAAAAAGUUUAUAAAAAAUAAUAAUUAUAAUCUAAAAAAUUUAAAUUUAAAAAAAAUUGCUGUA